UAACAUUUCGGCCUUUUCUUGUAAAUUAUAUAAGUUUGCAAAGAAAGGUCAUGUAGAGCUGGGAGAUGACUCAUUUUAAUCAGAAAUUUGCGGGCUACGGUUAUGCCUUAUUAAGAAAAGAUUUUGGCUAUUUUUUAUUGAAAUUCGAAGGUGAUGCAGUUCAGCCCAAAAAGUGCAAAAAACGUGUACGUCAGGUACGAAGAAAUCAGUCCGUUACGUUUUUUACUUUGAAGAUUUCUCGAUGACCAAGCGGUAGUUUUUCCUCCGGUUUUCAGUAUAGGGAAGUUCGAAGUCCGAGCUACAAAAUCAGCUAUUAUAAUCCCAUCGUGAGUGUACACAAUCGCUGAACUUUUCACUUUUCUCGGAUACUUCAAAGUUCACUUCUGUUUUUUGUAAGUCCGUUACGCUAGGCAUUUCGUCUCGCCUGGCGUAGCGUUCCAACGAAAUCUAUUCUUUUUUUCGACGUUGGUAGAGCUAAGUGUCUUGUAUAAUUCUGUAGUAGAAGCAAGCUCUGAAGUUCUUUUGUCUUUGUAGAAAACGUCACGGACAGAAAAAAGAGUAAGUCCGUUACAUUUGGAAUAGCCGCCCAGAUUCAGGAUAAUAAGCAAAAACUAAAAAUUCGUUUUUGUGGUUUGAUGGCACUUCUAUCCUCGACAGUGAUUACACCACAAAACUUAAAUAAAUAUUUUCUAAUUCAAUUCAGCUUAUUCAUUGUCGUGUUCAUGUUCUUCAGUUAUGCUUAUUAUCAGCAUGUAAAGAUCUUCAUGAAGUAUCAGGAAGUCUAUCUACGUUAAAAUCGUUGAUAAAUUUCAUAAACCGCUCUUCCGUAAGAUUAGCAAGAUUUUCGGAUAUACAACUGGUAUUAAAACAGCCACAAUUAAAAUUAAUUAUACCAAAUGAUACUCGUUGGUUAUCAUUCUCUAGAGCUGUUACAGCAGCAGUGCGGUGUUAUGAGCCUCUGUUAAUAACCCGUGAACAGGUACCAAACGAACGAGGGGAAGACAAUCCCGACGCUCUUGAUUUAUUAAAAAUUUUACAAGAUAAACAAACAACAUUGAUUUUACAUAUUCAGGAACCAAUUUUAGAAACGCUUUUAAUAUUAUCUAAAUCAAUUUAA